AUGUUUCCAAAAGAAUAUAGGUUUAUUUUCAGCUCGGAAAGUCCUGCUUCGUCGAAAUCAAGAAAAUCAAAGUCUAUGCUAUUGAAAUUUGGGAUAAAAGUGAUCUCAGCCUGCUCGGGUCCAACACUUUUUGGAAAUUUGAUUUUGUUUUGUCCAAUCUUGCAUACAGAGAUCAAAUCUCCUGCUCUAUACUGUAGACCAAAUGAAACGGAAUUAAUGUUCAAAUUCAAAAGUUGGGCGUAUUCAUCUGCUCGCUUAUUGGACGAGUUCCCAAAGAAAAUCAAGUCUUUGUAG